AUAAGCCGGCACGUCCGCACCACCCUCCAAAUCCCACGCGCACCGCAUCCUCCGCCCGCCCUUCCCCCGAGAUGCCGCCAUCACCACUCUAAACCUCGCCGCCCCAUUUCGGCUGCCACCACCACCCCACCUCCACUCGCACGCGCACUCGCCUCCGCCAUGGCCUCCCACCUCCGCCUCCACCUCGCCGCUCCACCGCCUCUCCUCCUCCCCCACCGCCAUUCCCACCUCCGCCGUGUCCACCUCCCGCGGCCGCCCGGCGGCCCCGCCCCGAGCCCAGCCCGGGCGCCGCUCCUCCCUCUCCCCCGCCCCCUCCUACUCUACCGCGCCCGGGCCGUCGGGGGCGGCGCGGAGGGGGAAGGGGAGGCUGCCGGCGGUAAGGGCCCCGGGCUCGUGGGGGAGGAUUCCGCCGCGUUCCGGCUCGGGGACCAGAGCGUCGCGUCGUGGGCCUACUUCGCCACGAUACUCGCCGCGGUGCUCUUGGCGCUCAACGUGCUGUGGAUCGACCCCGGAACCGGGGUCGGGACUAGGUUCCUCGACGCCGUCGCCUCCGUCUCCGACAGCCACGAGGUCGUUAUGUUGCUCCUUACCAUCAUUUUUGCUGUAGUCCAUAGUGGUAUGGCAAGCCUGCGGGAAAGUGGGGAAAAAAUAAUAGGGGAGCGUCCUUUCCGUGUGCUGUUUGCUGGAAUCUCACUGCCUUUAGCAGUUACUACUAUUGUAUACUUCAUAAAUCAUCGCUAUGACGGUAUUCAAUUGUGGCAAGUUCAGGGCAUCGCUGGCAUCCAUGAACUUGUUUGGCUCUCAUCAUUCAUCUCUUUCUUCUUUCUUUAUCCAUCUACUUUCAAUCUAUUGGAAGUGGCAGCUGUAGACAAGCCCAAGUUGCAUAUGUGGGAAACUGGAAUAAUGCGUAUCACCAGACAUCCACAGAUGGUUGGCCAGGUAAUCUGGUGCCUUGCUCACACACUAUGGAUUGGCAACUCGGUUGCUGUCGCAGCCUCCGUUGGACUGGUUGGCCACCACCUGUUUGGUGCUUGGAACGGUGACAGGAGGUUGGCAUCACGCUAUGGUGAAGCGUUUGAAGUCCUGAAGAAGAGAACAAGUGUUGUUCCUUUCGCUGCAAUUGUCGAUGGACGGCAGAAGCUACCCAAAGAUUAUUACAAAGAGUUCUUCCGGUUACCUUACAUUGCAAUCACAGCUUUAACCUUGGGUGCAUACUUUGCUCAUCCCUUGAUGCAGGCAUCCAGCUACCAACUUCCCUGGUAGUAGUAUAUACUGAUGUACAUAUGUUCAUUGCCGAAAAGCAUGUCCACAAAGAAAACAAAGUAAGAAAUGGAAGUUUUGAGUAUACUUUGUUGAACACUACAAUCUUAUACAUACAACUAUUAAUUUGCUCUAUCGUCCAUCAAAUGAGUUGGAGCACACCUUCACCAUGGUGGCUCCCUGUGGUAGGGUGGACAUUUGGUGUCUGUUAUCUGUCAUCGGUUCGUAAUGCCAAAGGUGUUUGUUGUAGGAGGUUCAUUUGUGAUAAGAAGGAUUAAACCCAGGAAAUUCAUGGUUUGCUGAA